AUGCAAAAUCUUGUGAAAUUACACCAUCUUGAUAUUGGCGGCACUGAUUUGGAAGAGAUGCCAAAAAAGAUGAGCAAAUUAAAAGAUUUGCAAUUUUUAAGUUUCUAUAUUGCGGGCAAACAUGAAGAGAAUGGGAUUGGAGAAUUGGGAGAGCUAGCACAUCUUCAUGGGUCAUUUUGUAUUGAGAAACUAGAGAAUGUUAAGAAUAGUGGUGAAGCAUCGAAUGCAAGGAUGGAUGAAAAAAUACACCUGAAUGCUUUAUAUUUGAGGUGGUCAUGUUCAUCAUUUGAAGAAAGUGAGGUUUGUGAUUCCCACACUGAAAAAGAUGUACUUGAGAAAUUACGUCCUCACAAAGACUUGAAGGAGCUAUUCAUCUGGGAUUACAGAGGUACCAUGUUUCCGGAUUGGAUAGGGCAGUCUUGGUACCACAAGAUGACUGAGUUGGAGCUGAGUGGAUGCAGGAAUUGUUGGGUGCUUCCUUCACUUGGACAGUUACCCUCUCUAAUGACAUUGAAGAUUUCAGAAUGUGAUAUGGUGAAGAUGAUUGGUGGAACAUUCUAUAAGGGUGAUGCAACUCAUCAUCAUCAGCAAACACCCUUCCCAUCCCUGAAAUAUCUGUCAUUUUAUUAUAUGAGUUGCUGGGAGGAAUGGGAGUCAUAUGAAUGUGAUGAAGAUGAUGCACCAUUUCCUCAACUUGAGCAUCUAUUGAUAGCGAACUGUCCUAAGUUAAGAGGAGUUUUUCCCUCUUUCCUUCCUGCUUUGAAAGAACUUGUCAUUUCAGGAUGCGAGGAGCUUGGUUGUGAUCUGCCAAGAGCUCCCAUCAUACGCCAAUUAGAAAUAUAUGGCAAACAGAAAGCAAGAAUGCGGGACCUACCACUUUCACUGCAAAAUCUAAGAAUCGAAGGAAACCAACUUGUGGAUUCUCUGUUUGAGGCCAUGACCCACACCCAACCAACCUCUCUCAGUUAUUUAAGAAUCUCAAAUUGCUCAUCAGUGGUAUCAUUUCCAGGGGAUGCUUUGCCCCCUUCGUUGGAAGAUUUGCGCAUAUACGAUUGCAAGAAUGUAGAAUUCCCAAUGCAACACCAACAACAUGAGUCACUAACGUAUCUUACAAUAAAGAACAGCUGUGAUUCACUCACAUCCUUCGCAUUAUCAGCAUUCUCAAAUCUCUAUUAUCUUAGAAUCCAAGAACUUGAAAAUUUAACAUCUCUGGAGGUGUCACAGUCACAGUCCCUCCAAGACUUAUCAAUUUCAGGCUGCCCUAAGCUGGAGAACAUAAUAAGGCUGCCUGCCUGUUUAAGGGUACUCAGAAUCAGAGAAUGUGGGUUGUUGGGUGAAGGCAUAGAGAAGAAGGACCCCCACAUUUGGCCAUCCAUUUCCCACAUCUCCUAUAUUUAUGUUGAUGACAACCGGAUUCGCAAUGACUCAACAUCUUAAAACAGGAAUGGAUCAAAUAUAAAGGGUAAUUUAUUUUGCAUGGUCAUUCUUAGAUUUAUUUGAGUUACUGGAUGAUUACAAAGUAAGCUAUGGCCAAUGAUAGAGAUAUCCAAAACUCUCAGUAAAAUGGUACAAUUGGUUCUUGAGAGGCAGAGAAGAAGAACCUCUACAAUUGGGGCUAUUGUUGCAGAAGUUUGGAACAGGGGAAUUGCAUGCUUAAGUAGUUGCUGGGAUGUAUAGUUUUUCUAAUUUUGUGUUAUUUAAGCUGUUGGUUUGACGGGUCUUGAUGGCAUUCGACCACACCACUAGGAUUUAUGUCUGUUUUUUUGGGUGUUAAUAGGGAAAUUUUAUUUUAUAAACUUGUAUUAUGAACUCCUUAAAUCAUAAUAUCAUGGUACUCUUUUUCUUUC